CUCACCGCUGCGCAAAAACGGCGUCGUACCCUCCGUCGUCGUUGCAACCCCAAUUCUCAGCAAAAACUUCCACACUUCUCUCUCUCUCUAGGGUUUCUGCAACCAUGGAUCAAUACUUCCUCCUGAUGCUAUCAAACCUCCUCCACUUCCACAAUUACCUCGAUCCCACCACCUCCCCCCUCCUCUCCUCCUCCUCCUCCGACGCCGCUUCCACCUCCGCCGCUCCCCUCCUCUUCUUCACCCUCUCCUCCGUCCUCUCCUACCUCGCCUCCCACCCCCCCAAAAAGAAGCCCAAAACCUCCUCCUCCGCCGCCGCCGCCAAACCCCCCUCCGAAUUCUCCGUCGCCGCCUUCCGAGCCCUCUCCACCGAGCGCAUCUGGGCCAUGGAGGCCCCCCUCCGCGACGCCCAAUGGCGAUCCCUCUACGGCCUCUCCUACCCCGUCUUCACCACCGUCGUCGAGAAGCUCAAACCCUACAUCACCCAAUCCCAGCUCUCCCUCCCCUCCGAUUACGCCGUCGCCAUGGUCCUCUCCCGCCUCGCCCACGGCCUCUCCCUCAAAACCCUAGCCUCCCGCUACGCCCUCGAGCCCUACCUGAUUUCCAAAAUCACAAACAUGGUCACCCGCCUCCUCGCCACCAAGCUCUACCCCGAAUUCAUCAAAAUCCCCGUCGCCCGCCGCCGCCUCGUCGAAACAACACAGGGAUUUCAGGAAAUCACACCCCUCCCGAAUGUCUGCGGCGCAAUUGAUACAACCCCCGUCAAGCUCCACAAACUCAGCCCCGAUGCAAUCAACGGCUCAAUGUAUUAUUGCAAAUACGGAUUCCCAUCGCUUCUAUUGCAGGUCGUGGCCGAUCACAAGAAGAUAUUUUGGGAUGUCUGCGUGAAAGCCCCCGGAGGCCACGAGGACGCUGAUCAUUUUAGGGAUAGUUUGCUGUAUAACAAGCUGAUUUCAAGCGACAUUGUUUGGGAUAAGGCGGUUAGCGUCAAGGGGCAGCCUGUGAGGCCGUAUAUUGUCGGGGAUUGGAGCUUCCCCUUGCUCUCGUUCCUGAUGACGCCUUUCAGCUACGACAGGACAGGCAGUCCCGCCCAGAAUGCAUUUGAUGAGGCGCUGAUGAAGGGACGAAAGGCAGUGGAGGAGGCAAUUGGGUUGCUAAAAGGGAGGUGGAAGAUUAUGCAGGACUUGAAUGUGGGACUGAAUCACGCUCCUCAAACAAUUGUUGCUUGCUGCGUGUUGCACAAUCUGUGUCAGGUUGCAAGGGAGCCUGAGCCGGAGCUGUGGAAGGAGCCGGAGGAAAGUGGCCAGACACCGGGGGUGCUGGAGAAUGAGAAGCCGUUCUAUUACUAUGGGGGGAACUUGAGGCAGCUUUUGGCCGAUGAUCUCUAUCAACGACUGUCAUCAAGAUGAGGGGGCAUUGUUAUGCGGUAAAUGUAAGAAUAUCGAUCGUUGUAUUACUAGCAGACCGUAGCAUAAUAUAUUCUAUAGUUCAUAAGAUGAAUUAGACCGACUUUAGUCCCAAACUCACAUUGGAAGAUAUGAAUUAGGUAAUGUCUCUUUUGUAAGUUGUUGCUUAUACUGUGCUAUUGCUCUACUGUGGUGCAGAAUGAAGUACUUUUUGCCUUUUCCUAUA